AUGCAGUUUACAGAGAAGCGGAUGCACAAUCAACAGCUUUUCGAUUUAGGAGUUGAUCUCAACGACAUGGAUGAUCCUUCGACCAUCGAUGGCAAGAUAGAUCGUCUCCAGGAUGAGCUUGAUCUCGUGAUGAUCACCGAGUAUUUCGAUGAGUCGAUGGUGCUUCUAAGUAAAUUGAUGCAUUGGAGUUUAGACGAUUUAAGAUAUAUAUCAAGAGGAGCGAGGCAACCAGGUUUUCGCGAACCACUGACCGACGACGUGCGCGCGCAGAUCCGGUCAUGGAAUUCUGCAGAUGUAAAGUUGUACGAGCGUUUCAAUAGAACGUUCUGGGGGAAGGUGAAGGGGUAUGGACCCAGCUUUGAGGAAGAUUUGAAAACGUUUCGAAAACUUCAACUUGAUUUAUCCGAUACAUGUCGUGAUGUGAGGAAGGAUGACGUAACAGAUCGACGCGUAGUGAAGCCAAGACUUAAGGAAGCGGCCCCUGAGUGGUGCUCAGUUUUCUUCAUGGAUGAUGUACAUUUUACAGCAAUUAUUCGCAAGAGAAUGAAAAUGAAAGGAUUACCCCUCUAUGAUACAUGUGACCAGCGUUAA